GACUUGUGAAGCUGCUACACAGCGCCUCUACGGCCGUCCAUGUGCUUACAGAGGAGGAGAGAGGAGGGAGCGCAGAGAGAGAGAGCAGUCAUUGUGCGUGAAGGACCGUGACAGUCCGGAGCGGCGGGAGUUAGGAGGGAAGGAGAAGAAGAAGAAGCAGAAGAAGAAGAAGAAGCCUUUAACCAGACCCUUCACCUGCAGCACAAAAAAAAAAAAAAAAAACCCGUGACGGAAACAUGCAAUGUGACAGAGAUUUGCGCGCCACUUGUUCACUUGUGCCUUUGCAAACACCUUCUGGGAGUUCACAUGUUCCUGCGCGUCGACGAGGACGCAAUGUUUAGGCGCAGACGACCGGCAGAGCUCCGCGGAGUUUGGAUGUGUGUGCUUUCUUAGCUUGUCAGAUGUAAGAGGAAGCAGAAAAGAAAAUAGAAUCAGGAGAAACAGCGAGAAGGAGCACCGCGAAUGUAGUCUACAGAGGGGGGGUGGCAAAAAAGCGAAACACCGUACCAGCCAGUGUGUUUCCUGUGGUCAUCCUCCUGUGUGUUUCGGUUUCUCGCAGUGCUGUGUGGGUUGAACAAAAAAAAAAAAAAAAAAAGUACAGGGGAGAAUGCAGGUGAAGAAGCACCGGGACUCAGACCGGAGCGGCGGGGACAUUCUGGAAAGAGACGGCCUCCGCAAAAACUCAUCAUGCUUCUCAAAUAUCAAGAUAUUCUUGAUAUCGGAAUGCGCCCUCAUGUUGGCACAGGGCACCGUCGGAGCAUACCUGGUGAGUGUGCUGACCACCCUGGAGCGGCGGUUCAACCUGCAAAGUGCUGACGUAGGAGUGAUAGCCAGCAGCUUUGAGAUAGGCAACCUGGCUCUGAUCCUGUUUGUCAGCUACUUUGGAGCCAAAGCACAUCGACCCCGUCUGAUCGGCUGCGGGGGGAUUGUCAUGGCGCUUGGCGCCCUUCUCUCAGCUCUGCCUGAGUUUCUAACUAAUCAGUAUGAGAUAGGGGAAACGGGGAGGACUGACAUGGGUCGGGAUGUUUGCACCAACACCAGCAGCAGGGAAGCCCAGGAAGCUGAGAACAGAGUGUGCGCCAACAAGGCGAACACCAACAUGAUGUAUCUGCUGCUGAUUGGAGCCCAGGUCCUGCUGGGGAUCGGAGCCACACCGGUGCAGCCCCUGGGGGUGUCCUAUAUUGAUGAUCACGUGAAGAAGAAAGACUCAUCACUGUAUAUAGGAAUCCUCUUUUCCACUCUGGUGUUUGGACCAGCUUGUGGCUUCAUCCUCGGUUCCGUCUGCACUAAGUUCUACGUGGACGCUGUCUUCAUCGACACCAGUAAGCUAGACAUCACUCCGGACGACCCGCGGUGGAUCGGGGCCUGGUGGGCAGGCUUCCUCCUGUGCGGUGCCUUACUCUUCUGCUCGGCCCUCUUUAUGUUUGGCUUCCCUCAGUCACUGCCGACCAAGGAGAGAGAGGAGGGGGCAGACAGUGAGCAGGUUAUGCUUCCUCCCUCUCUGAAUUCAGACUAUGAGACUCCUAAGUCCAGUAAUGGGGUUGUACGCAACCACGAGCCUGCCAACAGCCCCACCUGCUGUCAGCAACUCAGGGUGAUCCCCAAGGUGACCAAGCACCUUCUGUCGAACCCAGUGUUCACCUGCAUCAUCCUGGCAGCCUGUAUGGAAAUUGCAGUCGUGGCUGGCUUUGCAGCCUUUCUGGGGAAAUACCUCGAGCAGCAGUUCAACCUCACCACCACCUCAGCAAACCAGCUGCUAGGAAUGACCGCCAUUCCAUGUGCGUGUCUGGGGAUCUUCAUGGGCGGUCUGCUGGUGAAGAAGCUGAACUUGUCGGCGCUGGGAGCCAUCCGCAUGUCCAUGCUGGUCAACCUGAUCUCCACUGCCUGCUACGUGUCCUUCCUGUUCCUGGGCUGUGACACCGGCCCUGUCGCAGGAGUGACAGUCACAUAUGGCAACAGGACUCUGCGUGUCGGCGAGAAACCAGCAGCACAGUGCCUCAGUCACUGCAACUGCUUCACCUCCUCCAUCAGCCCGGUGUGCGGCUCCAACGGCAUCACCUACUUGUCUGCCUGCUUUGCGGGCUGCACCCGAUCAGCAAGCACUCAGGCCUCUAACAUCUCUCAGAACCUGACUGGAUGCAGUUGUAUAUCUGCUGACAGUGAAUUCGCCACAGCGGUUCCAGGGAAAUGUCCGACGCCGGGCUGCCAGGAAGCUUUCCUCACCUUCCUGUGUGUGAUCUGCGCCUGCAGCCUGGUUGGAGCCAUGGCACAGACUCCUUCUGUUAUCAUCCUAAUCAGGACUGUGAGCCCUGAGCUGAAGUCAUACGCACUUGGAGUGUUGUUUCUUUUGCUACGACUCCUCGGAUUCAUCCCCCCUCCUCUGAUCUUUGGUGCUGGGAUCGACUCGACUUGCCUUUUUUGGAGUUCAGACUGUGGCGAUAAGGGUGCUUGUCUGCUAUACGACAACGUAGCUUACAGGCAUCUGUAUGUGGGCCUUGCCAUCAUUCUUAAGGGCGUCGCCUUCCUCCUCUACUCCACCACAUGGUAUUGCUUACGCAGGAACUACAAGAAGUACAUCAAAGGUCAUGAAGGCUACAUGACACCAGCUGAGUUUUACCCCUCUCUCACAGACGGACCCAAACAAGUUGACAGGACAAAGUUUAUAUAUAACCUAGAGGACCACGAGGUUUGUGAAAAUAUGGAGUCAGUUUUAUAGUUUGUUACGCAAGAAAAGGACAAUGUGGAUGUCCAUAUUCUCUCAGAGGACUAUUUUAUGAUUUUAUUCUUAUUUUCUUGAAAGAAUAAAAUAAAAUGUUUUUGAUAAAGGCAAUCUAUUUAACGGCCUGUUCAGGUCACAGGAGAUGUGGCUCUCCACUGCCCUCCAAUGUCCUCGGUCAACUAUCGAAAGGGUCCAUUUUAGUCGUUUACGUAUCAGCGAGGUGUUGUCCAGUGUUGCCGGUGAAUUCCUGUGUUGACUUGGUGGUAGAAGACGACUACAGUACUGUCUGGCUCAGUCCUAGUUGAUUAUUAGUGAGUGGACAUGAUGCUACUACAACUAUAGUUGCCAUAUCGUUUCCUUUCAGUCAGUGCACUGUGUGUUCUGUCUGUCACUCUCUCAAAAAAACGUUUGGGUGGUUCUUCAGUUAUUCAUAUUUAAAAGUUGCCAAGUGUUUACAAACUAAUAGUUCAGCAUUUUAUUUCAGUGCAGGAAGGUUUCUUAUAAAACGAGAACAUAAACACCUUGUCCUGGUUAUUAUAGUGGCCUGUUAGAUGUUUUAACUGUCAGAAAAUCGAGUCUAAUAAAUCUAAACAAGGUCAUGUUUUCAUGUCAUCAUGCACUGUUCGGUUUCUCGUUCUCUUGCUGGAUCACAGGCACUGUUUUCGAUACUGUUUAGACUAGACUAUGAAGUCUUGUCUCAUAGGUGCAAAUGUGCAAUUCAUGUCUGAUACAUCCAUGUUUAUUACUAGUUUUGUGUCAGACUGCAGGUUUGUUUUUAAUUAUAGCAGUUUGUUUCAUUUCCAUGUUUGUUUUUACAUCUGCAGAGUUUAUUCAGCCUAAUAUGUCUUAAUAAGGGAUUAUUCAAUAAGAAUGUUAAUUAUGUUUUCUUUUGACUUUUGCACAUAGUGGAAGAGCAAAGAGGAAAGUAAUAUGUCUUUGUGUUUGGACAUUCAAGUAAAAGAGGUAAUGAGUAAUAUAUUUGUUUCAUUAGGCCCAGAAUGUUUUAUUAGAUUGUAUUUGAGAGGACAGUAUAAAUUAUAUAUAAUCUAAUUGUCUGAGAUGUGUGUGUCUGAUGCCACAGAAGAUUUGGGACAAUUCAUAGUGAUGAAAGUAGUAUGUUGCAUUAUUGGGGGGGAAACACAACAUGUGUCUUCAAACCUGUAAUAUUUGGGAUAAGGUUACAGAAAUGCUACGGGAGGCUGUAUGUGCAAGGUCAAACAAAGUGAACAACACAAAGAACACUGCAUUUAUUCCUGGACAUGUAUUUAAACAACUCUUCAACUCAACUAGGCACAUACAACCUUUUACUCUACUGAUCUCUCUCCAGUUACAGUUUUGACAUCGUCCCUUUUCUUACACUUUUUGUAUGGCAACAUAUAAUUUGUUUUACUCUGAAAAUAAAUUAUUUUUCAGAAAAUAGAUACAAA